CUGCGUCAUGUAAUAGCCAAGCUGUCAAAUACUGUACUUGAUGUGUAAUCAUUUCGCGUUAGCGACUUAUGUUUGUAUUAAUACAUUUGUAAUUAAGUAUAAAUGCAACAUGUAUAACACACAUGAGUGAUGAUGUUCACUCGCGUGAUUCGCUUGGAGUAGUGGGCGUGUAAAUAAUAGAAUUCCCUCGAUCAUCGUGAUUCUCCUCGUGACCAUGAAUCACUGAAUCACGCCCCGAAACCCACCACCGCAACUUUAUUCAAACCCACGAACACGUUUUGUCACACGCGUGAACCCAGCGACAUUAAAUUCAGCAGCAGCGUGGAAAUAUGACUCGAGCGAGAGGAAUCGAGCGACGCUGUGGAUGUUUCACUUACAUGGUGUGUUUAAGGCGCCGGGGCGAGGCGUCAUGCGAUCUACCUGAGCGUGAUUGUUCCACCUGGAGGUCACAGGAUGCCGGUGCAGGCAGCUCAAUGGACUGAGUUUCUAUCCUGCCCCAUUUGCUACAAUGAGUUUGACGCCUGCAGCCACAAGCCCAUCAGUCUGGGCUGCUCGCACACCGUCUGCAAGACCUGCCUGCACAAACUGCACCGCAAGGCCUGUCCUUUUGACCAGACGGCCAUUAGCACCGACAUUGAUGUGCUGCCUGUCAACUGUGCCCUCCUGCAGCUGGUGGGGGCGCCGGUUCCGGAGGGAGAGAUUGUGAGUGUGGGCAGUGUUGAAGACACGAGACAUUAUGAAGUGUGCAGGAUCUGUGUGGAGGAGCUGGCGCUGUAUCUCAAACCAAUCAGUGGAGGAAAAGGUGUGGUGACCCUCAGUCAGAGCACGCUCAGUAGACCCAUGCAGAGGAAGCUGGUGACCCUCGUGAACUGCCAGCUUGUUGAGGAGGAGGGGCGUAUGCGGGCGGUCCGGGCGUGCAGAUCUCUGGGCGAGCGCACAGUCACUGAACUGAUCCUGCAGCACCAGAACCCACAGCAGCUCUCUGCCAACCUAUGGGCCGCUGUGCGGGCACGCGGCUGUCAGUUUCUAGGACCUGCCAUGCAGGAAGAUGCUCUGAAGCUGGUGCUGCUGGCUCUGGAGGACGGCUCGGCUCUCUCGCGCAAGGUUCUGGUGCUGUUUGUGGUGCAGAAACUGGAAGCGCGCUUCCCUCAGGCAUCCAAGACCAGCAUCGGUCAUGUAGUUCAGCUGCUGUACCGUGCCUCCUGCUUUAAGGUGACCAAACGUGAUGAAGACUCCUCACUCAUGCAGCUCAAAGAGGAGUUUCGCACUUACGAAGCCCUGCGCCGCGAACAUGACGCUCAAAUCGUUCACAUCGCCAUGGAAGCGGGACUGCGUAUCUCGCCGGAGCAGUGGUCGUCUCUGCUAUACGGGGAUCUCAUGCACAAAUCUCACAUGCAGUCAAUCAUAGACAAGCUUCAAUCCCCAGAAUCCUUUGCAAAGAGCGUGCAGGAGCUCACAAUAAUCCUGCAGAGAACAGGAGACCCAGCCAACCUCAACAGCCUCAGAGCUCCUCUCGAGCGGCUAGCCGGCAUCGACCACAACCCUGAUGCGGCCGCUCCAUCCUGGACAGAGCUGGAGAGUGUGUUAUUGGCUGUGAAGGUUGUUGUCCAUGGGCUGGUGGAAUUCAUCCAAAACUUCAGUAAAAAGAGCAAUGAAAGCCCUCAGGCUCAACCCAACAGCAAGUACAAGACGAGUAUGUGCAGGGACUUACGGCAGCAGGGCGGCUGCCCGAGAGGGGCCAGUUGCACUUUUGCCCACACGCAGGAGGAGCUGGAAAAGCACAGAAUGAGGAAUAGGAAAGCCAGUGGGGCGGUGAGACCUUUCCCGUCAGUCCCAGUGGUUAUGGCCAAAACCGGCACCAAAGGAGGAGUCCCAGGGUCAGAGGUGAAGAAUCACGAGAAAGACGCUCCAGAGGACACGUCUCCCACUCAGCUCAUCCCAAGAGGAGGAGACCACCAGGAGGACAAAACGCUGCACAGUAGUGCUAACGGACUGCCUGCAGUCAGCCUAGAACAAAAUCCUGUCAGUCAGAGCAAGUCCUCUGCGAUAGCUUCGGGAUUGUCUACAGAGGACGACUGCGGUCUCCUCAAACAUGGGCCUGUCCUCGCAAGAGCUCAUCCUAAGAUUUACUACUCUCAGGACCAGAGACCAUAUGACCUGUCACCCUACCACCAACCUGCCAUUCCUCCUCACAAGUCAUGCAACGCUCGCUUCCAUCGUUCCAGCAACGUGCCCGAGUCCAUGUUACCCCCUUCAGUGGGCCCUCUGUACCCAGAUCAGCACCCGUCUAUUCCUCCUGCAGACAGAUUAGGCCCCGGGCCGUAUGGGCCACCCUCGACCUACCCCUCUAUGUCCCACGCACACGGCAUGUACACCCCGGUCUACGACAGCAGACGUGUGUGGAGGCCGCCACUGUAUCCCAGGGAUGGUGGGAGGAGUAACUCUCUCCCUCCAGAGGUUUUUCAUUCCACCGUCUACCAGCCGCCCCUCCGGGAGCGCUUUAACUCGCUGGACAGCCCCUACUGCAGCACAGCGGAGCAGAGAGCGGCAAUGCACAGGGACGCGUACACCCGUGGUGUUCCUCUCGGCUAUGAGGAACUCUAUCGCCACAAACAGGAACAGUGGGUACAUCACCACGGCAACAUGAACAGGCCCUCCCAAUCUUCGCCGGUCUUCACUGUGGAUGUGUGUCCAGAGGUACGGCCCACCGAUAUGGUGUUUUUAGAGCAUCCUGAGGGUGUAGGUGGUGGGCGUAUGACUUGUAAGUGUCAUGGUGGAGAAGAGAGUCUUGCCCACUACUCGCCCUGGUCGUGCAGCACCAUCAGCCCAUUUGAGUCAGAGCCCCACCAUUUGCCAACCCACUCCUGUUCUAAACAGCUGGACGGGGAGAAUGGCGGCAAACGGUGGCUGCACAUGUUCGAGCCCUACAGGCGACUGAAAGAAGAAGAUCCCAUCAUUCCUUUUGGAGAGGGGCCCAUCAUCUCUAAAUGGGGAGCCAUUUCCCGUGCAUCCCGCACCGGCUUUCACACAACUGACCCAGUCCAGGCCACUGCAUCGCAGGGGUGUGCCGGUACCACUUCAAUCAACUUCAGAGACUAUAGCUGUCAUAUUGGUCACAGUGACCUCAGAUGGGGCCCACGUGGUUCUGAUUCUUCUAGUCACUCCAGCUUUCUAGAAAGCGAUCAGCUGGCCGUGUCAGGGCUGCAUGUAAGGCGUAAUUCCUUCAGCUGCGGGUCAAAGCAGGGCACAGAUCUGCUGGGAAAGGAUGGGACAGAGAGUGAGCCUGACAGAGACAUCGAGCUGGAGCUGUCCGCUCUGGACAUGGAGGACACAGAGACGCAGGAUUGCAACUCUGAGGACUCCAUCGAAACACAAAGCCGCUCCCAGAACAGCCAUCUCUCUAGAGUUUUUGGUGAUCCAGCGGCAAGUUCUCACUUGGAAAACAACCUGCCUGACAGAAUGGACGCCCACCUUAUGAAGAAGAUGGCAUUCAGAAAGACCCUCUCUCCUGGAGACCUCAGUUUAGGGAAAAUGCAGAUGAGGACAUGCUCGCCCAGGCCUGGAGACCCUCCGCGACCCAGUCCAGGACCUGAGAUGCUGCUAAACGGGAACUGAGGUGUGCUGAAAACACCAGUCCUCCUCAUGUUCUAAUUCCAUGGGGUCAUGCCAAGAAUCCACCAUCCUCCUUAGGUAGAAGGUAGAGUUGCCCUUAUAGGAGUCAAUCGAGGCAGCGAGACGCAGCCGAAAGCCUUCUGUAUUCAUGUGUUCUCUUCAUAAGAGCUAGCUAUGCCCUGUAAUUGUAAUCACUCAUCAUCUGUUCAGAGUCGGUUUGUUUUUCUUAAUCACUGCUUGUGGAUGAAUGUUCACGUUGAGUCACAACUCCACCUCAGGUAACUCUCGAUGUCAGCCAAUCAGAACUCUCUCCAAGCCAGGAAACCAUUUACCCAUGUCCCGUAACUCUGUACAGAAGUGACGGUUCUCACUAGCUUUUAGCACACUGAGGAAACCAUAAUCUACUGUAUAAUGAUUAUAUAGCAGACUCUUCCAAUAUAUAUUAAGAAUAACCAAGGUGCUUGGAAUCUAUAGUACAUGCAUUAUUAUUAAUAUUAUUGCAGUGUUGCCACUGAAAUGUUAUGUGCAUUAAUUGUUUGUUGGGCAUCAUUGUUUGAAACAACCAUUGAUUGAUCAUUGUUCAAAUGUAUGUAUGUGUAUUAUGGUAUAUGUCUGGUAUCUCUAAGAGACAUUACACAAGUAAUCAAUAUUUUGUAAAAAUACUCAAAAGAAACAGUUCACCCAAAAAUGAAAAUUCUGUCAUUGCCAUAAAUGUGACGUUAAAGUGGCCCAUAUGACUUGUGCGCUAUUUCCAAGGAAUUUAUGUAGUUAAUCAAUGAAAAUCCUUCCACUAACAUGUUGUAGUUGAGGCCAGCUUGUUCGAGUCCUAGUACAGGCCAUCCCUGAAUAAUUAUGCAGAGUCAAAAAAGACACCAGAAGAGGGCAGAGUCUAAGUCAAGAACGAGACCAGAAGAUGGGUCAGUCUGAGUGAAGACUGAGACCAGAAGAGGAUUGAGUCCGAGUCAAGACCAAGACCAAAGAGGGUAGAUGCUGAGUCAGUCACAAAAGACACCGGAAGAGGGCCAAGUCCAAGUCAUGACCGAGCCCAAAAGAUGGGCAGAUCUGAGUCAAGACUGAAGCCAGAACAGGGUCGAAUCUGAAUGAAGACAGAGACCAGAGGAGGGUCCAGUCCGAGUGAAGACAGAGACCAGAAGAGGGUCGAGUCCAAGUCAAGACAGAGACCGGAAAAAGGGUCAAAUCAGAGUCAAGACAGAGACCAGAAGAGAUCAGAGUCAAGACAGAGACUAAAAAAGGACUGAGUCUGAGUGAAGACAGACACCAGAAGAGAGUCGGGUCUGAGUCAAGACUAAAAUCAGAAGAUCACAUCUCGGUCAAGACAAACACCAACAAGGGCAGAGUCCGAAUCAAGACCAAGAAUAGAAGAGGGUCAAAUCUGAGUCAAGACUGAGACCAGAAGAGGGUUGAGUCUGAGUCCGGGUCAAAAAAAGACACCGGAAGAGGGCCAAGUCCAAGUCAAGCCCAAAGCCAGAAAAGGGUUGAGUCUGAAUGAAGACAGAGACCAGAAAAGGGUCAAGUCUGAGUCAAGAUCAAAACCAAAAAAGGAUAGAGCCUGAGUCAAAAAAGACACAGGAAAAGGGCUGAGUCCAAUUUAAGACUGAGACCAGAAAAGGGUCCAGUCUUGAGUGAAGACAGAGACCAGAAAAUGGUCAAAUCAGAGUGAAGACAGAGACCAGAAGAGGGU